AACAGCAAGUAGUGCAAGUGAGGUUAUGGUUAUGAGGCUUUCAGGUUUUGAUUUUAAAUCAAUCAACAAAACUUUAAAAAUGUAUUUGCGUUUCUAAAAGUUUUUUUUUCUAAAGUGUAGCUUGCAGUGAAUUCAGUAAUAAUUACUGUAUUAAUAAUUAUUUAUAGAAUUAAGUUAUGGUAGAAUAGAAUAAUAUUUAUUUUAUUGUUCAGGCCCUAAACAGUAUUACCCUAAUCAAAAUGAAUAGUUUAAAUGGUCUAAUCAAUUUGAAUAAGCGAGAUAAAAAUUAUUACAUAGCACUAGAUUCAAUUGAAAAGUUUGGUUUUUACACAUCGGAAGGAAACAUAGGUCGAGCAUGUGCUCAUCUACUAGUUGCUCUAAAACUAAUGCCAGAUUUAAAAAACGAUAUGGUGGCAGUUUUUGCUACAGCAUUACGUGAAUGGGGGGAGGUCUUAGCCGAUCAAAAGAAAUUUAAAGAUUUGUUCAGAGGCUAUGACCUAGCGCUUCAAGUCUACCCUGACAACAGAUUCGUUAUAAACCACUUGGGCGAAUUCCACUAUAGGGCGGGUGAUUUCGCAAAAGCUCAUUUCUACUUUAAAAAGGCCUGCUCCAUGUCACCAACAGAAUGUGUGGAAAGUGAGAGAAAUCUUGAAAUGUGUAAGAGUGCCAUGGUGGAUCGCUGGCACUUCAGAAUGCUGAAUGACAGUCAUCGCAAUGAAGCCUACAGAGAAGCAAUCACCAAGAAAAUCAAACAGGGAUUCUGUCGUGUACUAGACAUUGGAACUGGAAGUGGCCUCCUCAGCCUGAUUGCUAGUGAGCUGUGUUAUGAAACAAGUGGAGCAGGGCCGGUAUUUGCAUGUGAAGAAAACUUCACCAUGAUAAAAAUUGCCAAAAACAUCCAGCGCAGAAAUCUUUUUGUAACGAUGAAACUUUUCCAUUCACACUCAAGAAAACUCUUUUUGGAGCACCUUCAUGACAAAAGGGUGUCAUUGGUGGUAACGGAGAUCAUGGAUGCUGGCCUAUUCGGAGAGGGUGUUCUGCAAACACUGAAUGAUGCGUGGAGACGGUUCCUACUUCCCCCACUGCCGACACAAGAGUGCAGUAGUUGCUGUGACGAGGAGAAGCCAGGCGUGUGCAUGAUCUGCAACGACCAGAAGCUGUCGCCGGAGCUGCGCCUGUCGCCGCGUGUGAACGGCAUGGUGGUGCCACUCGGGGCGACUGUGUGGCUGGCAGCCAUCGAGUCAGUCCAUGUCGCCCGGCAGCAUCGCUCCCUCUCUUCCAUCCUCCGUCACAACAUCGAGACGCCCUUCAUCUUCGUCAACAACUCACACGAACCCUACGACUCCGAAAACCUCCAGUCUUUCCCCGAUGCAUUCAAACUCCUCUGUGAGCCAAUCAAAUGUUUUUUCGUCAAUUUCAACGAUCCAGAUCAGCUGCUAAGUUUCUAUAAUGGACAAUUUGACCAUCACUUACACAAAAUACAAUUCACAACUGAAGGCAGUCUCGAUGCCUUUGUGGUUUGGUUCGAUCUGCAUGUUGACGAAGAUAUAAAGAUCAGCACUUCCCCCUUCGACGAGAAUGCAGCUACCUGCUGCUGGGAUCAAGCCAUCUUCCCUGUCCAUAGCGAAUUGCGUGUUGUAGCUGGUAGCUCUGCCCAAUUGAAAGUGCAAACAAUAAAAGGUAUUUUGAUUGUGAAAUUGUGGGAAAUUGAAAAUCACAUCCCCAGCAAAUCAAACUAUGAAGAGAUACCAGUGUCUCAGGAGUUCAUCAAAUUUUUCAACAACAGCGAAUAUCUUGAUCAUUUAGCAAUCUAUUCUCGAACAAUGGCAUGUCCUGGAGCCACCAUCUUGGACUUGUGUCCUUUUCCACUUGUGGGACUGAUGCGCCUCAAAGAAGACGAAGACAGUAGUCUCUAUUUUAUUGCUAAAUGUAAAGAUGAUAAGCUGGCGGUGGAGAGAAUUGUGGAAGUGAAUGAUAUCGACCCAAGCAGAAUAGUUUUUGGUGAAGAAUGUGAUGUGAAUGAUGAUGAUUUUAUGAUGCGCAGCAAGUACGAUGUGGUCGUUACAAAUCUGAUCAGUCAGGAAGGCGAAAUGAGUCCAUCAAGCAUCUAUCAUCUCUCAUCGUGCAAAAACUUUCUCUCAGAUUACGGUAGAAUUAUCCCGCAAGGUGUCACUGUAUGGGGCCAAUUAAUCUCUUCAAAGCCUUAACUCGUUCAACAGAAGUUAUCGAGCAAGGAAUUGUUGAGAAGUAUCAUAUCCCAAAAUACAUGAAUGAAUUCAAGGUGCAGCAUGUUAUUGAUAUCAACUCACAAAUACUGUCUCAUACUGCGUUGUCAGAACCAUUCCAAAUCGGCCACAUAGAUACGUUUGACAUAGCCCUUCAGAAGAGGUUGCAAUUUAAGAAGAGUGUGGUUGCCAACAAAGAGGGGACAGCGUCUGCCCUAUUACAAUGGUUCCAGUACGAAAUAGAUUUACCCGGAUGUGGGCCAUUGAAGUACAGCACUCGCAGUAUUGGCUCGCAUGUCAAUCAGAUGUGUGUUCUGAUGGAGAAACAACAACUAAAACCAAAGCAAGUAGUGAAAGUGAACUGUGAGUAUUACCAUGGAGGUUUAAUUAUCAAAUUCGAAUCUCAAUAACUUAGUUCAGAAAGUCGUGAUGGACGAUCUCAGCUCUUUUACUGAGCGAACUUUUCUUCAGCCAGACAAGUUUUAUUGUUGGAUUUUUUAGAACAUAGGCCUAUUUUUAAGUUAAGGAAUCUUCCCUUAAUUGAAAUAGUUAAAUCCACUUCAUAAAAGUUAUAUAUAAAUUUGACCCACUUUAGAUUUUAUUGCCAGUUUUUUUGUUUUAUUGUGUUUCAACUUUAAUUCUGUAUUCAGCUCUAGCAAAAUUCCAUUAAGUCCAAGACUAAUCAAUGCUAAUUUGAUGCUUGAUCAAUGCUAAUUUUCUAAAUAUUCAACUCCUCACAAAAUUUGUUCAAUAUAAUAACCUAUUUUAUACUAUUCAAGUAAUCAUCAAAUACUGUUAAUUCCAUCAUACAAUAUAAAAUUAAGUAUAAUUUAGUGAAAUAAUCUUGUUAUUCUCGAUAGUCAUGCAUCUUCCAUAUUUUAUAAAGUUGACUUUAUGUAAAAAUUUAUAUUCUGUUUAAAAAAUUUUCUACCAAAACUAUUGCUCAAUUGUACGUGGGGAAUAUGCUAUUUUUGCGUCGAGAUUUAAGGCUACGGUACUCAAGUUCCAUAUAACUGUAGGUAUUGUAGACUUAUUGUAUUUUUAAUAUAUUGUUUAAUAUUCUAUUGUAUUUCUACUUCUAUCAAUAUUACUCAUACAUUCUCAUUGCAUGCAUCUGCAAUAAGUGUGAAAUCCUGGCGGUAGUUUAAUAAUGGAUACUUACUGUUGUGAUAAUUAUGAUGUACUUUACGUGGUGACCUUUUAUUAUUCCAGUAGGUGGUUUCCGUGGAAUAUGUGUUUGAAUAUCCAUAGCUUGUAAUCAAACCCAGGGUACGAACAGAACGGUCAGGUUGAUGUUAGGUUUCAGUGUAGGUCGCGCUCACGACUUUCUAUAUCUAUGACACGAAAUGUUUUCAUAAUUGCCAGCAGCUGAUUAGUGGCAUUGAUCGAAACAGAAAUCUACAUCGCGACCCACUCGUUCUGUUCUCACCUUUAGGUAGCUAAUCUUGUUUUAUUGAUUUUAUUCACACAUUGUUUUCCGUAUCAACCUCCAUGAAUUGAGUGUGAGUAAUCUAAAGCCAGUAAUAAAACAAUAAAGCAAGUU